AUGAGUUCCAGGACACUCAGAAAGCUACAAAAUGACGAUGAGCUAUUGAAAUCUCUAGUGGGUGACGCCGAUGAGAAUGAUGCAAAUUUUGCCAAGCCAGUUCCCCAAACCAAUAUAUUUGCCUUAAUGAACGAUGAAAAUGAGUCUGAAAGUAAUGAAGAGGAAAAUGAUAUUAAUGAAGAGACGCAUGACCCAGUCAUCAUUAAAGAACCGAAAAGUGCUCCCGAAAGAAUAACUCUUCCGAUCAAAACCAAAAAGAAAGCUAAUCGAAGGAAGAACAGGAAAAAGACGAAACAAAAAAAUUCUCAGCAAGAGGAGCUCGAGAAAACAGAUGGUGAGAGUGAUGAUGAUUUGGAGAGGAUGAUUCAACAGUUUCGCAAAAAAGAUGUCCAGACGUACGGACUGAAAGAAGCGAAAUACCAUGAAAAUGAAAGUAGCGAUAAUGAUGAAUAUGAGACUGCAUCCGAACCGGAGGAUGAAGAUUUGGUAAAAAUAUCUGGUGAGAGCUCAAUGCAUGAUCUACGGUAUGAUUCAGGUUUCGCGAAGUUUCCCAUCAAAUAUAUGAGAACUGGUUUGAGGUUCUUCAAUGAUGACUUCAAGAAGCUCGAUCCCCAUUUCGAAUUCAAAAUGCUAUUUGGUGAUCUGACAUCCGAAUCUUUGGAUGAUAUAGACUCUAUGACAUCUACUCACGUCUCGCCUCAGCAAUUGAAGCAGAUUCAACGAAUGAAACGCCUUUUGAAGAAUUGGGGUGGAAAGGAUCAUAAAAGUGUUCCUAAUGGACCUGGAUUAGGUGCACAUCGUUUGAAGUUUACAAAAGUUCAGGAAGAUUGGUUACCUACCCCAAGAGGAGAAUUAAUGAUGCAAAAGCUGUCAGCAGAUGAUAUAUUAAACUGGCAACUGUGGCAAAGGCGCAAUGAUUGGAAGGAUGUUAUCGAGGAAAACUUGGCCGACUGGGAAAAGUUUGUGACUUAUUAUAAAUUUGAGCCAUUAAGUCCAGACGCUAACAAAAAGGGUAUGACAGACUUUUAUAUGAGCGUAGUAUUGCAUCCCGACCAUGAAGCUCUUAUUAAUUUGAUCUCAUCAAAAUACCCGUACCAUGUUCCCGCCCUGUUGCAGGUCGCGUUAAUUAUGGUAAGACAGGGUGAUAGAUCGAACACCAAUGGCCUUCUUCAGAGAGCUCUUUUUGUCUUUGACCGUGCGCUCAAGAGUACUAUAAACUUUGAUUCACUCUCAUGUCAGUUGCCUUACAUUUAUUUUUUCAAUAGGCAAUUCUAUUUGGCUAUUUUCAGAUACAUUUUGACCUUGGCGCAGAGAGGUGCUAUGGGAACAGCAAGUGAAUGGUGUAAAGUUCUAUGGUCCUUGAGUCCGCUAGAAGAUCCAAUAGGCUGUAGAUAUUUCAUCGAUCACUAUCUACUGCUUAAUAGUGAAUUCCAUUACUUAAUCGGGCUUUCGAGAUCUUCACUAACAAAUGUAUAUAAACAGUGGUAUACUCUCGGAAUAUCUUUGGGUGCGGUUUUAAGUUAUUUACACAUUGAUGAUUACUCAGCCGCCACUAAGGAAUUGGCAAAGGCGUUCGAACACCACCCAUAUGCGCUUUCCAUUCUUUACAAAGAGAAGUUUGAGGGAACAGAGAUCUCAGAUUUUGAAUUAAAUUGUGGGGGCAAGGAAUCAGAUGUUAUAGAAUUGAAGGCAUACAUGGCUAGAUUUUCAUCGUUAUGGAAAAAUACUGAGCAUCUAAAUUUUUUAAGUCGCGCACUGAAAUCGCUGCUUCGUGAUCACCAACGGAAUUUGUAUAAUGCAUCUAUCGAAGGGGAAGAUAAAGUCAAUGGUGAAAUGAACCCCUUUUUCAUUGACGGAAUUCCAAUUAAUCUGUUGCGGUUCGCUGUACUAUCUGAAGAAUCUUCUGUAAUGGCAUCUAUUCCACAAAAUAUUUGGUCGGAUCACGAGGUAUUUGAUUUCGAUGUUCUACCACCAAAAGCAGAAACUAGAGAAUCAAUUGAUACCAUAGAGACAAUCAAAAGUUUUAUUAAUGAACGAGACCUCCUAGCCUCCCAAGUGAAUGUUAUGCAGGAUGAAGAUCUAUUGAAUCAAAUCAGACAAAUGUCUCUUGAAGAAUAUUUGGAAAAUGCAGGUGCAGGCGAAGAAUGA